CUCGAGAUGCUACUGUAACCUGCACCCGUCAUUUUCCUCGCGCACUCUGCGUCUCGUCCGCUCCCUUCCACCAUCCCUCCACCUGCUUAUCGAGCGCCUAUUCCCGCGCACGGGCUGUACUUGGCGUCCUGCUACGCCCCGAGUUGCCCUAUCCUCGACCCCCGGCGCAAAAGGCGAGAGACUUGCUUGAUUGAAAAAAAAAAAUCAUGUCGGAACGCGUGACCCGGUCGAAGACGGGGAAGACACCGCGAAAAUCCACCAUCCCCGAUGACUUCGUCGAGACUCCCUCCCGCCGCCGAUCGCGUAAGUCCGUCGCCAACCCGAACCGAUCAGAGUCCCCGGUUGCCGCAGAAGAAAUAAAGUCCGAGAUCUCGAGCGAGAACAUCCUCGCCGCGAAUGGCACGGCGGCGAACGGCAAGCCCAAAGGCCGGGUGGUGGAUGGCUGGGCGGAGGGCGCCGAUCCCAAAAUCGAUCAGAACCCUCACUUCGACUUUGGCGGCAGCUGGGGCGUCAGCGCCAUGAUGAUCGGCUUUCCCCUGCUCAUGUGGUACAUGUGGAUUGGCGCGACAUACUACAAUGGCAAGUUCCCCUCGGAGCCCAGCAUGACCUGGUCCCAGUUCGGCAGGCAUCUCGUGCGACUGGCCUACACCGGAGCCUUUCCUCAUCUCAAGGCGUGGUUGAUCUACUGGGUCUUCCUCGUCUUUCAGGGCAUCAUGUACCUUACAAUGCCGGGUGUGUACACCGUGGGCAAGCCUCUUCCUCACGAAGGAGGCAAGCAGCUGCGGUAUUACUGCAAUGGUGUGUGGAGCUUCUACACCACCAUUGUCGUUGCCGUGGCUCUUCACUUCAGCGGCCUCUUUAAACUCUACACUCUCCUGGACGAAUUUGGCCCGAUCAUGAGCGUGGCCAUCAUCUCCGGCUUCCUCGUCGCCCUCGUUGCCUACCCCUCUGCACUGUACCGCGGAGCUCAGCACCGCAUGACUGGCUACCAUAUCUACGACUUCUUCAUGGGCGCCGAGCUGAACCCGCGCAUGUUCCAGUGGCUGGAUAUGAAGAUGUUCUUCGAGGUGCGCCUCCCGUGGUACAUGCUGUUCCUCAUCUCCCUGUCGGCCGCGGCGCGCCAGUACGAGCUGUACGGCUACGUCUCGGGCGAAGUCGCCUUCCUCCUCAUGGCGCACUUCCUCUACGCCAACGCGUGUUGCAAGGGCGAAAACAUGAUCACCACCACCUGGGACAUGUACUACGAGAAGUGGGGCUUCAUGCUCAUCUUCUGGAACAUGGCCGGCGUCCCCUUGAGCUACUGCCACUGCACCAUCUACCUCGCCAACCACAAUCCCGCCAUCUACGCCUGGUCAAAGCCCGCGCUCGCCCUCUUCUUCACCACCUACCUCUUCACCUACUGGGUGUGGGACACGUCGCAGAGCCAAAAGAACAUGUUCCGCCUGGCGGAGCGCGGGCACUUCCAGGAGCGCCAGGCCUUCCCGCAACUGCCGUGGCGCCACAUCCAGCACCCGCAAACCAUCACCACCCCCGCCGGCGACACCAUCCUCGUCGACGGCUGGUACAAGUACGCGCGCAAGAUCCACUACACCUGCGACACCUACUUUGCCAUCACAUGGGGCCUCAUCACCGGCUUCAACUCCCCCUUCCCCUGGUUCUACCCCGUCUUUUUCGUGCUGAUGAUCAUCCAUCGCGCGUGGAGGGAUAUUCAGCGGUGUCGGGAGAAGUAUGGUGACGCGUGGGCGGAGUAUGAGAGGAGGACGCCGUAUUUGUUCAUUCCGUACGUCAUCUAGGUGGUGCACCGGAUGACCGUGGACCCGUGCUUUCUUUCUCACCUAUGCUCUGUAUAUUCGACUUCUUGGCGGUGUGGUUUGAUACCCCCGGUCCGGCAAUUGUAGAGAAUAUUGGGUAGUGGAGACAGAUGUGGAAUAUGCGAAAAGACUAGGAGAAGGGGAGGUGUAAAUAAUGCAACUUGCUGUUUAUGAGUUCGUGUUUAAUCAUGCUCUCUUCACUGGGCUUGGGAUGGAUGGCAAAAGUUGUCGGGCAUCGGGGCAAGUAGAGCAUGCGUGCGUCCGUGGUUGGUAAUCAACGUCAGCCCAGCUGUACUGCAUGUCUUGAUCCCAUCAGACGAAGACAGUAGCUUUAAAUGGGCG